AUGAGUCGGUUCGAACUUUUUAAACAAUUUAUAUUAAAGAAGUUUGAAGAAUUUAGCGAAGAAAAAUAUGGGCUACAAAAAGAACUAGAAGGAAACAGACAGAACUUAUCGAUCUUGAAGAUAAUCGAUAAUGCUUCCAAAAGUUGCCUGAAUGAUAUAAUUAAUAGUAGUUUAGAAGAAUGUCAACAAGAAUGUUCAGUCGUUAAGACUGAGACGAGGACUUUAUACUAUGAGAUUAUUGGAAGGUGGUCAUAUUGUCGUUUAUUAGGAGAACUGUUAAGUUCACGUCCCAAUUGGUGCAAAGCUACUUGUCUAAACUAUAACAUGGAAAUAUCGGAGGAACCAAAUGACAAAAGAUCCAAUCCGUUACCGCGUAUGACUUAUACAGAUCGUCAUAUUGAACGAUGCCAUUAUCGAUUUCCAAUCUAUAACACCACGUCUACUAUUAAAGUUCCCGUUGUUAAUAAAGAAGACCCUUGUUCGUCAUUUUUGGCGUCAAAACUUUGUGAAAAAGAUUAUUUCCCGCCUACAAUUCUAAUUCAACGUCGAUGCAAAAUCUUAAAUCCUAAUGACCAAAGAGUCGAUCAAUUGAUAAGAGAAUAUAAUGAUGAAGUUCAUCACUGGUUUCUCAAAGAUUCACGUAAGGAAGGUGCAAAUGGUAUAGUAUUAUUACGUCAUCCAGCGCCAUUAGAAUCUUAUUUGUUAUCGAGACAUUUGAUGGAUAUUUCACAGACAUAUAUUUUACAACCACAGUUACCACGUUUGCAUCUUACAUCAGAUCAACAUAAAUUCGACAUUCGAGUGUAUUUGCUUUUAUUAUUCCACGAAGGUCAUUUGCAAGCUUAUCUAUUACAUGAUUGUAUUGUUCGAGUGGCAGCACAAAAGUAUAAUUCAAAAGAUGAUGAUGUCGAUGCGCAUUUAACCAAUAUUUGCUUUCAAUUGAGAAGAGAACGUGGGCAAAAACGAGUUUAUUUAUUUCAAGAAUGGUGGCCAUCUCUCUAUGCACAAUCAUUUCCGCGUAUUGUUAAUCUAAUGAAUGAUGUAUUCAGAACAUUGCGUGGACAAUUAAAUAAAUAUGAAAAAUCACGCGGGUUCACAUUACUCGGUGGUGAUAUUUUAAUUACCGAGGAUGGAAAGCCUUGGUUAUUGGAAUUUAAUUUCUCUCCAAGUAUGUUCCGCGAAAUUGAGAUAGCAUACAAUGUCAGUAAAAAAGUGAUCAAAUGGUUGGCAAGCGCGAUUGAAGUAUUUCGGGAAGGAAAUGGCGAUGAUGAAAAAUACGGGGGAUUAGAUGGAGUUGGAUGUGAAUGCUUUAUCUGGUCAGAAUUACUUGAAAAUGAGUGGGUGAAAUGUUGGUGUGAUUUGAAUGAAUCAACAAACAAUGAAAAUGUAGAUAUUUUAUACUGA